AUCAGAAGAUUUGCAUGGUAAAGAACCAAUUGCUGAUGAGAAAAUUGAUAAGAAAAAAGGACGAGGUGCGUCAAAGUUGAAAAUGGUUAGUGGCCAAGACAAGUGCAAAGAGCUGGAGCGUAAUGAGUUUGGUCAGCCGAUUGGAGAUAAUUCAGUGAAGUACGCUUCUUUCCUAGGUUGCAUGAUAAAGGAAUUUGUGCCAUAUACAUUAGAUGGAUGGAGUGAUAUUGAUGAAGAAGUGAAAGAUAGGAUGUGGAGUUGCCUUCAGAUGACUUAUAAAGUUGAGGAUUGGGAAAAGAAAACAAUUUUUCAAAAGUUAGCUAAAUUGUGGCGUGAUAGAAAAUCCAAAUUGCAAAUACUUGUACGAGAAGCUAAUACAAGUCGAGUGGCUUCACGAGAUCUCAGUUUGUUGAAACCUGAAUUUAUGGACCAAAAUCAGUGGGACUUGUUUGUACAGAGGACAUUAUCAUCUACCUUUCAAGAAAAGAGUGCAAGAUUUAGAGCAAUGAGGGAAAAACAAGACCACAUUCACACAAUGAGUCGGAGGGGCUACGCUCGUUUGACUCACAUUAUGGAAAAGACAAGUCCGAUGGAUACAAAAAUUACGAGAUCGCAAGUUUGGAUUGAAGGUCACAAGAGAAAAAAUGGGGAGCCCAGUACUCAAGCCGUUGGAGAGAAAAUGAAAAAAAUAUUAGAAUGUCCACCCGAAUCUCAAAACACAACUAAUAUUGCUGAUGAUGCAAUUAGCAUUGUGUUUGGCAAUGAAGCUCGGGGUAGAGUGCGUGGAAUGGGUUUUGGAGUAACACCAUCAAAAGUUGGAGCUUCAGUGCAACAAAAUGGAAUGGUUCAACAACUUCAAACUAUAGUACAAAAUGUUCAACAACAAAUGCAGGAAAUGAGGCAACAAAAUCAACUAGAAAUGCAAGAAAUGAGGUCUAUGUUUUUACAAAGUAUGAGACAACAAAAUCAUCCAGAACAGAUUGCUAGUGGUGGUAUUUGUAGCGGUAUUGGGAAUGAAUUUGGUAGCAAUAGCGAUAUUAAUAUUGGUGCCAAAAAAAGUGGUGACUUUGGUCAUGUUUUUCAGGUGAUUAUCAUAAAAUUAUGUAUUUCUGAAUCACAAAAUUGUUACAAAAAUAUAUAUGAUUGA